AUGGUGAGAGGUGAAGAUUCAUACUUGAAUGCGACGCAAAUACUGAAAGUGGCAGGUUUUGAAAAAACAAGAAGGUCAAAAAUACUUGAAAGGGAAGUUCUUACAGGAGAGCAUGAAAAAGUGCAAGGAGGCUACGGCAAAUAUCAAGGCACUUGGAUACCGUUUGAACGAGGAAAACAAUUAGCCGAAAAAUACAAAGUCUUGGAUAGCUUGAUGCCUUUACUCAACUUUGAUCCAUCGACCGUGGAAAAGAAAAAUAUUUUGACCAAAGAAGAAGCAAAGCUUCAAGCUAGAAUAGAAGAAGAAGAACAACAGAACAGUCAGCAAUCAGCCUCAUCGGAGACACAUCAUGCCAGUAGUUCUGCUGUAUUAGCAUUAUCAGCACCCCCCUCCUCCUCCGCCAUAACCGACAGCAAUGACAGAUCAGGUACUGAAUCAUCCAAAUUAAUAUCACAGAAGCGACCUUAUUAUCACAAUAUCAACAAAUCUAUCCAACAAAGAAAAAGGUUAAAAGCAGUAUCAGGUGUAUCUCCAGAGCCUAUCUCAGCCGAAGACCCAUUCUAUGAAGACCAUCGCAACUUAUUGAUGAGUGUGUUUCUUCCAGACGACCAUGAAGAAGAAGCACCCUCUCUACUCUCUACUGCUAUAUUGACGAAAGAUAUCAACAUUGAUUUAGUGAUAGACGAACAAGGACAUACUGCUUUACAUUGGGCUGCCGCUUUAGGUCGAGUGAGAAUAGUCGAUUUGCUCAUUAAGAAUGGUGCUAAUGUUUGCCGUGUGAAUUAUGAAGGAGAAACACCUCUCAUGCGUGCAGCCAUGAUUGCCUGUUGUUAUGAAAGAAAAUGUUUUUCAGAGAUGGUAGAAUUGCUAUCCGAAUCCAUCACCAUCACUGAUAAAAAGGGUAGAACUGUACUGCAUCAUAUUGUUCAAACGGCUGCUGUAGAAGGUUAUGUGGAUGCUGCUGUUUAUUAUAUGAAACGAUUCGUCAAAGCAUUGAGGCCGAAAAAGAUGAUUUUGAGAAAUAUUAUCAAUGUCAAAGAUACACAUCGUCAAGAAUCUGCUCUAGCAAUAGCACUGCGGUUAGAAUGUCAAGACAUUGUUGAUAUCCUGAUAAAGACAGGUGCACUUGAUCCUUUGAUACCUAAUAUUGACGAAUAUGAAAACAUGCAAUUUACACCAGAAGAAUAUAAACCAAACGAGAAGGCGCAAGAAAUUAUACGAUCUAUGCAAAGUAUGAUGGAGAAAUUAGAAGAGGAUUAUAAUGAGAAAUUAAGAAAAAAGGAUGCAGAUAACUUUGAAAUGAGAAAAGAGUUGGAUAAGCUAAGAUAUGAACUGAAAGAAGCUCAGAGAAGACUGCAGCUACCUGCAUCCAUUCAGCUGGCUGAAGCACGAAGAAGAAUCCACGAGAUAGAAAGCAACAUGUCAUUGCAGAAUAGUAACAGCGAUACAAAUAACACCAGCAGUCAGGAACCGGAGUUGGUGCCCGUAAAAGAAGUAGAGAUGACGUUGACAGAGAUUCCUCCCUCCUCAACACCCAUGUUGGACAGUGGAUCAUCGUCUUCUGUAUCAAGAGAAGACGUGCUAGAAAAGGAAGUGAAAGCACUCCAUUGUCAGCUGGAGACGAGUCAUGAACAUAUUGAACGACUACAAGCUGAAUUGGAAGCUGAGAAGCGUCGAGCCAAUGAAAAGGAGAUGGAGUAUCGAAGGUUGAUAGCGAUCAGCUGUGGAUUGCCCAUAGAGAAAGUAGACCCAUUUGUAAAACCGCUCACUGUAGCCAUUGAAAGCGACCCUCCUCCCAACGCUGAAAAGAUGACACGCAUCAUCAAAUUCAUGGAAAAUUUAAAACCUACGACUCUAAUAGAGAACGGUGCUAUCACUUCCACUACCGACACGAUCAUUCAUCAUACCUCAUCACCUCAACAUCCCACCGCUUCACCCAUGUCCUUAGCCAGUCAUCAUUCUGCAUCCCCUAUUUAA